AUGGAUGUUUUGAGCAAGGCUCUUCCGGAUGACUGCUUAAACAAAGCGGACUUUUUAAAAAACGAGAAGAACAAAAUUGGCGAAGAGGUUAACGAGAUGACAUUAAAUAAUGAGGAAAUUAUUGAUCCCACAAAUUUCGCCACCAACGGGACAAGCGACGGACGCAGCAAAAGUCCCCUCAGAGGGAAUACCAUCCAAGUGGUAAGCAACGAUGGUGACAACGAUGGUGAUAACAAUGGCGACAACGAUGGUGACAACGAUGGCGACAACGAUGGUGACAACGAUGGUGACAACGAUGGUGAUAACGAUGGCGACAACGAUGACGACGCAAAUAGUGCAGACAGCGUCAAGGUGAAGCCCCAGCAAACGACUCUGAAGGAAAAAAGGAACCCCUACGUGAACGGGGCGAACGCGAACGGAGGGAGCAGCCAAACAAAAGGCGAAGAGGAGAGAGAAGUUCACAUCGUAUACGCCUACGUGGUGAGUGACUCCAAAAAAACAAUCCUCUCCAACAGUGAACUCAUAUCCAUACACAUAUCCACGCACAUAUCCACAGAUAAGGAUAAAAACUACACCGUAAAAAUGAAAAUAAAAAAAUUGCCCUCCUUGAGAAACGGCCAUUUUUUAUGUUUGACCAAAAAUGGGGAAAUCCUUUCCAUAGGAGGAAGUGAUGGGAAAAAAAAAUACGGACUGGUUGAAAAAUUCUGUUCAGACAAACAGACAUGGAAACAAAUAAACCUCAUGCAUUUUCCAAGAUCCAAUUUUUGUGGAGUAUGUACAGAAGAUGAUGACCUUUUCAUUUUAGGAGGGGAAGGAAAUCACCACAUUUUAAACAGUGUAGAAUACUAUGACAGUAAAAUUAAUUCGUGGAGGUCCCUUCCCCCUCUCAACUGUGUCAGACACUCUGCUAGUGCAACCAUCUUUAAAAAUAUGAUUUUUGUGCUUGGGGGAAAGGACGGAAUUGGGGACUAUGGCAAGGUGCACAAAAGUAUGGAAAUGCUAAAUUUGAAGGACAAAAAAAUGAAAUGGAUUAUGGGUAAGCCUUUAAAGCAGGCGCGUCUCGGCCUUUCGACUGUGGUGUUUCAGGACAAGUUGUAUGCCAUAGGCGGAUCGACUGGCGUGAAGGACCUCAGCUCUGUCGAAAUAUAUGACUUCCAGACGGGCGAAUGGACGGGGGGACCCAGCUUAAACUUCUCUCGUUCGAACUUUGUCGUCUUUGUUUGGAACAACCAGCUGGUGGCAUACGGCGGAGUGAGCAAGCACCGGGGGGACCUUAUAAAGAGGGCCGAAAUACUAAACGAAGAAGGGACACGUUGGCUGCUGCUGAAUGAUGAUGGGUCACAAUAA